ACCAUCACUAAACCUAUAUGUCAACACAGACAACAUUCAACAAUCCAGUUCAAUUUUGCAAUAAUUUACCAAAUAGGAAGAAUAAAACUGAAUUAAUAAUAAAGAAUGUGAACUUGUGAAAAUUUAAGUAACAUGGAGGGAAAGAUCAAAGUUAUUGAUAAAAAAGAGUUCCCAAGGAAAAAGUUCCUAUUAUUUAUGACAAUUACCGUGUUGGCUUUCAAGCUUGGCUACAUCCACUACAAAUAUGUGUCGCACCUCUUUGAAAACGACAGGAAUUUUUCCUACCUCUCAGAGUUGGAGAGAGAGAUGUCUUUCCGCACAGAGAUGGGUUUCUAUUACUCAUACUUCAAGACAGUGGUUGAGGAGAAACAGUUCCUGGCGAGUAUAACAAAGAUCAUGUAUGAUGGACUUGUAGAGUUUCCAAAGGAUGUGAAUGCUUUUAAUCGGUUUAAUAUACAUCCUGAGGUGAUGAUAGGCGCCAUGUACCGGUAUCUCGAGCCGUGGUUGAACACGUCUGCGUACCGCGAGUGCCACAUGGUGAGCCGAGGCGAGGGACUCGCGCCAGUGGAAAGCUGCGUCGGCAUCGGCCAGCCCGUGUUCUUCUAUCUGGAGACUAUAUGGUGGCUGGCGGGAUUGACUGUCGCUGCUUUGUUCUUGCACGCCACUGCGCUAAGUGACAGCAUCCUGGGCGGUCUGCUGGCGGUGGCGCAGUACUUCGCGAACCACGGCGAGUGCACGCGCGUGAUGUGGGCGCCGAACGAGCGCGAGAACCUCGCCGGGCCGCUGCUGCUGCUGCAGGCGUGGCUCGUCAGCGCGCAGCUGCGGGACACGCGCCGCGGCACCACCUUCCAGCUGCAGGCCGCGAUCUCCUUCGUGAACUGCCUCUGCCUUCUAUUUUGGCAGUUCACGCAGUUCAUAUUCUUCACGCAAACGGCAAUUUUCCUCGUCAUGGAGCAACUGCGGAUCAUCGACCUCAAAUCCCUCUGCAUCUUCCUCCACUCGCACUUCGGAGGGCUUCACAUGGCGAUACUGCUCCUGCAGGGAAACGAUAUGCUGAAGUCCUCCCUCUACAGCUCCCUGUUCCUGGUUGUGUCGGCGUACUGCCUCUUCUUCAGUUCCCUGAGGAUCAAAGUGAAGACCAACUGGGACCUCGUGGUCGAGGCCUGGUUGAUACUCCUAAGGCUCAGCAUCAUUCUCCUCGCGUCAGUGUACCUCAAGCAGCUGAUCUGCGACUUCUUAGAACUCAAAGAAGACGCCCACGUUUGGGAAAUUUUGUAUUCCAAAUUCACGAACUUCAAAAACUUCCAUACGAUGCUGUACACUUGCUCUGCGGUUUUCGACUUUAUGCCUUUGAAGACAGUGUUUAAAUUGUGUAAGUCGCUGCUAAUUCCCACGACCGUGUUCGCGAUAGCCAACGUGUGUAACUAUGUGUUGCGGAACGCGUACAACGAUUGGACGAAAGAGAUGAAUAAGCCAGAAAAGGACAGCAAUAUCGAAGACAGUGAUAGUGGUAUAGAGAACUCUGACAGGAAAGAUGAGAAGUGUAACAGUGAGGAGUUGGGUUCCGUUGUGGUGCUGGCACGUUGCGUGAAGGUGGACCCGGCGGUGGUGUUCAACGUGGCGCAGCUGGUGGCGUACGCGCUGCUGGCGGCGCUGGUCAUGCGGCUGAAGCUGCUGCUCGUGCCGCAGAUGUGCAUCGUCAGCUCGCUGCUCAUGAACCACAAUUAUUAUCUCUUGCCGAAGAAUUACAUGAAGUACUUGCCAUUAUUCUGGGUGUUGUGUUUCAUUCCCCUGGCCUUCACCCUGGUUAACAACGUCAGUGAAGAAUUGGCGCAUAUCGGUGAAUUCAGCGACUUGCCGCAAGAGGAGCUGAUGCAGUGGAUAUCGCGCGAGACGACGAUGACGGGCGCGUUCGCGGGUUCGAUGCCGAUCCUGGCCGCCGUGAUGCUCUCCACGCGCCGGCCCGUCGUCGCGCAUCCACACUACGAGCAUUACGAGGCGAGACAGCGCGCGUACUCCGUGUACAAAGUGUAUGGCAAGUUCACGCCGUUCGAACUGUACCAGGAGCUGAACAAGAUGCGCGUAACGUACCUCAUCAUAGAGAAUAAGUACUGCUACGGCAAGAGCACCAAAGGGUGUUCGUUCGAGGAAAUAUGGGACGCGGAAUUCCCUGCCCUGUCCCAGCGUCCCCUGGUGUGUCGCACCCUGCUCACCACGCCGGUGGACCACUUUUACCCUGUAUUCAGGAACGAGCAUUACGCCGUGUUCAAUGUCCACGACUACAGUGUCAGAUACAUGCCACGCAGUUUCGACACUUGACACAUGCUAUCACCCAGCUAAUGUUCCACCACAUUUGAGACUGACAGCAACACUAGCGGCCGUCGGCGGCUGCGCUCGCGGUAUUCCUAUUUUUAAAGGCUCGAUAAAAUUACUGUGAACUGAACGGUACGUACAUAAAACUAAUUAGUCAUAAGGAAGUUGCGUCAGUCCAAACUGAAAAUCCGAUUUACAAUAUCAGCUGAUGUAAUAAUAGAUACACUAUUUUAAAUUUAUAUAUAAAAAAACGAAUUAUCACGGCGGAUGAAGAACUUGUACUCUGAUAAGAAAUAAUUUGUUAUAUAGAAUCUGGUAAUAUGACUGAUUUUUUUUUACAGAUCGAAAAUAAUACUAUAUAUUUUAUUAAACAAUUCCUUGUUUGAUAUGUAGUGUAUUUACCAUUGUAAACGCAAGAAGUGCAAAAACUACCUACAUACAAGGAUUCUAUUAGACGUACAAGUUUUCAGUUUAUGAGUAUUCCUAAAACAUAAAAACGUAUCGAAAUAGUAUAAUGAUUUCUUAUGUUUAUACGAAUGUAAGACAUUGAAAUAAAACUAUUCGUCGGAUUUUAUCGAGAUUUUUAUAUUAUAUAUAAUUUUCUCUCAUAAUGGAAUAUGUGGGUCGACUAGUUUCACAAACAGCAUUCUGUAAAAUUUGUUAUGAAGGUAGGCAAUCUGUAAAAUAAAACUGAUUUUGUGACUUGCAGAAUAAAUGAUGCUGAAAUAGGGUUAACUAGAUCUAUUACUUAUCUAAGAUGCUAUAUAAAUUAGUUUUUUUAAUGACAAGGAUAAUACAAAGAAAAAAAGGAUGAUCUUUUUUAAACAUUUUUUAAAAAUUCCGGUUGCCAGUUUUGAAACUAGUCGCCUCAUGUAUAAUUGUAAAAUGUGAACGCGAAGGCUGAAACUGUCUUCGAAACGUCGGAAGAAAAUUAUAAUAUAAAAUACCGCAAUAAAAUCCGCAAAAAAGUUUUAUUUAUAUGUAACGAAAUAGUGUUAGCGAAAUAUUAUUACGAUUUUUCCUGUUUCAUUCUUCUUUUUUUUUUUUUUUGUUUUUCUUAAUACAUUAAUUCUAUAUAUUAUUUGAUAGAACGAAUACUUGAAUACUAUUUUAAAAAAAGAAAGAUAAUUUCGUAAGAAUAUUUUGCAAAAACUAUUUCGGUGCGUACAUUUAUUAUGAAAAAUACUCACUAUUAAUUUAAUAACAAAGAUUCGUAAAUAGUGCAUUCCACAUUUCUUUGUUAAAAUCCUGUCAUUUGUUAUUGCCAAGCGAUUAUACGACAGUAUAGAGCCAGAUUCAAUAUCAGUGUGAGAUAAGUCGCCAACGUCCGCUAUGUAAAGAUUUUUUACAUUAUAUAAAUACAUAUAAGUGUGUGAAGAUGUAAUAUGAAUCGUUGUUCAUCUUGUGUAAAAUUGAUUGGAUUUAAAUGUUUGAUAUAUAAAUAACGGCCUGAAUUCUUUAGGAUAUGGGUUGAUUAUGUAAAGCUGGCGCGUACAAACACGUCAGUUGCCAUGGCAACGCUAGCUCACACAUCAACAGUCGAAAAAUAUAUCGUGAUGCUUUGCUUGCAGUGGGGAAGGGUCCAUAUAACCCGAUUUGCCGACUUCCCUGUAUAUAGAAUCUAAUUAUCAUUAGAACGAAUUGCAAACCUCAUUCAUGCAUAUUGGUUAUGUUGUGUCGGGUUCCCUUUAAGGCAAAUUCACCCUUCGCCACUGUGUUUGCAUUGAUGUAUCUGUCCUUUCAAUUAUAAUAUUUUAAAUAAUUAACACACAGUGUAAAAUUUUAAUUGUGUGAGUGUUGUGAACGUGCCAGCUUUAGUUAAUCUUCCUAUACAUUAUAGUAUACUUUUACUUAAUAAGUAGAAUAAUUUCUAAUCCAGUAAAAGACUCAAGGCGCUGCAAGACCGCUGGCGAAGCCGCGAGCAAAAGCUAGUGUACUUACCCCCUUAUUUAAAGACUUUUUUAUCUAAGGACGGAGUAGUGAUAACAAGUCUAAUUCUCAGUGCUGACGGCAUGGCAACCUUCGC